AAUGUUCUUAGCGGUUUUAGUUCCUACACCAAUAACUAAUAGAACCGCAUCUUUGAGGUAAUAUUUGUAGUAGUUAGUUUCUCAUCUUGUUGGGUGGUUUGUGUUUUUUGGUCGCUACGAACUACAAUCACUCAUUCCCUGCGAUUUCUUCCUGAAAAUCUCUAUUUCUGAGCAUAAUUAGACGAUUCAAGCUGACGCAAUGACUACCAUUCGUAAAUUCUGCUGCAAUGAUCUUCUUCGUUUUGCUUCUAUAAACUUGGAUCAUCUUACUGAAACUUUCAACAUGUCAUUCUACAUGACUUACUUGGCAAGAUGGCCGGAUUAUUUUCAUGUUGCUGAAGGCCCCGGCGGUCGAAUCAUGGGUUACAUUAUGGGAAAAGUUGAAGGCCAGGGUGAGUCUUGGCAUGGUCACGUUACAGCUGUGACUGUUGCACCAGAGUAUCGUCGGCAACAAUUAGCUGUAAAGUUGAUGAAUAUACUGGAAUACAUCACUGAAAAGAUUGAUAAAGGUUAUUUUGUUGACCUUUUUGUCCGGGCUUCAAAUAUACCAGCGAUAAAGAUGUAUGAAAAGCUUGGUUAUAUAGUAUACAGACGAGUUUUGCGGUACUAUUCUGGUGAAGAAGAUGGAUUAGAUAUGAGGAAAGCAUUAUCCAGAGAUGUUGAGAAGAAAUCUGUAAUCCCUCUUAAGAGGCCAAUAACACCUGAUGAACUGGAGUAUGACUAGAGAUUCUGUUUUUAGUGUUGUAAUGUUGUUGUUUGCUUCAGGAACUUUAGUUUUUAACAAUCAUAAAGAAUGGUAAAUGUGGUAUAUGAAUCUUGUGGAUUUAAGUUCCAUGAAAACUAUACUAAAAGUUCAAUCGUGAAAUCUUUUGCAAGUCUAA